UUGUGCAUGGACUAGCCCAUAAUACCAUCAGAUCGUUUAUGGGUUUAAAACACUCUGGUUAAAAGUUGAGUGAACGCGGUACGGCUUUCGCGUUUUACAGGUGUUCGUAAAUGAAACUAGAUGUAAUAAAAUGAUUUAAAGUGUUUAUGUGACUAUGUCUUUUGUGUGUUUUCAAUCUCUCAAUCAAACUGGAAGAGUUGACCAUUCACCCCGAUUUCUAUACAAACAUAAAACUUUUUAGUGACGAAAUUAAAAGUAAAAAACUAGAUUAUUAUGAUUCUCAAUUUUCAUUUGGGCGUUCGAUUUUGUUGUACGAAACAACAAAAUCAUUGAAAAAUAUCGGGCGAGCUCCAUACGUCCGAUGGGGCAAUGUAUGUCUCGUAAGGCCGCUGGGGCCCUCGCAGCGUCAGCAGCGGUAUCUCAAAAUAGACCGACAAAAAUGCAGAAACAUCAGAAAAUACAGAGUCCAGAUGAUGAAAACAACAAACCCCGCUCCCCCUUAAUCGAAACCGAUAGUAACAAACAGCACCAUCAGCAACGUUUGGUACAAACAACAAACGUCGUCGCGACAGCGCCAACUACUAAAGGUGUUGCGAUGUCAUUUGGUUUUAGACGUCGCCAAACAGCUCCGUCGAUUGCUGCUAAUGCUACAGCUGCGCGUCGAUUGGCAAAUAACGCUGUUGAAACGACUAAUGCUAUUUCGGAUUCUUUUGAUAAAAACGGCAACGACUCCAGAGAUACUGACGCUUUAACUGAAAAUGCUGCUCCGACCGGACGAUCCACGCCGAGACUUGCGCCUCCAAAAAAAGAAGCUAAUGCUACCAAAAUAUCUAGAUUUGGAUUCAGGCAUACCCAAUCGUCGAGAUUGAACAAAGUAGGAGAUGUAAAUAGUACUGGUGAAGUAACAAAUCAAAAUAAGAACAAUAACUUCGUUAAGAAACCGAUAGCUCUUACUCGAACAGUACUACCUACUGACAAUAAUAACAGGAAUAGAAUGUACAAAGUAGAACCUCCACCAUCGCAGAUCGGUAGAUUUACCUUACAGUCAAACCAAUUGCCAAGACCUGAACCCAUUAGAUUAAUAGAAACUAAAACAGCGAAAACAGUAGCAAACAACAACAAACGUGUAGCAGGGAUGUAUCAGCAUCAUCCCGAAGAAACGUCUUCCAAAGACGGCUCUCUUACCGAAGAUUCUGGUGUUGGAAGCCAUUUUAGUAGUUAUGUAGGAGAAAACGAUGUCGUAUUGAGAGGAUUGGACCACUUGGAUGCAUCUCCUACUUUUGGGGUUAGAAGAAGGCGAAAUAGUCAUCACAAACCUCGAACAUUAGAAGUAGUUCCUACUGGUACAAACAGAUUCGAUGUACGAGAUUUGGAGGAUUCAAACGAUAGCUGCGACAGUGCUUCUGCUCCUCCGUUACCUCAGUUGCCAAGUGCUUUCCAUUCCACACCUGAAUGUAAAAAGAACUCAUAUCAUACAUCAGGGAUGGUUAGAGAACGUACUGUAGAAUACCAACGCUACUUAGAAAGAAAUAGUCGUGUAAGGAAAAUAUCAAAAACUUCAUCAGAAGGAUUUAGUGAUGAUUAUGGAGAGGAAGAAAAGACUUAUCGAGAUUUAUUUAGGAGUGAGAAAACGUUUGUAAAACCUUCAGGACUGCAGCCUAGUUUCUUAAAAUCUAGAGCCAAUAAGUUAAAAGAUGAUUCCAGUCCUCCUAGCUCAGAUGAACAAGAAUGGGCACAUGGAGGUGAAGCAAUGGCUGAUGAUGUUAGUUUUUCACUUAGUUCGAGCGAUGAGAGCAAAGAUAAGAAUUAUGAAGAUCCACCUGUACAACAAAUACCAAUAUCUACAGCAGUAAUUGGAUCAGCAUUACAGAGUCUUAUGACUAGUGCUUUGUCCAAAUCAUUUACGGCAACUGCUUCUAAAGAAGUUAAAAACGUUAUGUUAACUAUUGAAGAUCCCAAGUUUGCUGCUGUUGCUAGCAAUACUGGAUCUUUGUUGGAUGAUGAAACUUUGUUGUCUCCUCUGGAUAGUGUAUUGAGCUGUUCAGAAUCCGAAGAAAUUAGAAGGAAAUUGAAUCGCAGUUCAUCUAACUCCAAAGAUAUUAAUGAAAAACCAACACCUCCUACUCCUGGUACUCCAACAAAUGCUUCAAAUUCUCUGUCAAUAUCGGAUGACAACGAUAAUUUGAACCAUAGUGGUAAAGACGACUUCCUUAUUGAUGAUGAAAUAGCUGAUCAACCUGCUCUGAUAUUCGAAGAUUGCACUAAUCCCGUAACUAAUGACAAUAGUUCAGAAACUAUGAUGGAAAGUACUCCCAAACCUAGAAGAAGGAUUUCCUCUGGUGUAGAAAGCAGUCCAAUGAGCACAAGAAACAAAAAAUUUUCAUACAACCGAACUGGGUCUCUUGAUACACUAAGUCCUUGUGAAAGUAUUGCUAGCGAUGAUUUGAUGAUGGAUUUUUGUUACAGCCAAAGUAGUGGAUUGGAUGAUUGUGAACUACAAAAUAGCGGAUAUCCAUCAUUAAAUGACACUCUAACGCAACAACAUCAAGAUACAACAGAAAUUCAAAAGGAAAACAGGGAUUGGAAUUCCAUCUCGGAAAGUUAUACAUUACAUAGGGGAUCAGAAAAGCACAAUAAGGGCAGUACCACUACCUCAAGAUCUCGCCUUCUGUCAUCAAGAGUAAGUACUCCCAAUUCCAUUGUAGAUUCCCCGAAGUCCAUAGCUCGUGUAACACGUCCAUCAACAACUAGUAGCCCAGUUCGCUACAAUAGAGUUGCUAAUCUUUCAUCAACAUGCGGUUAUGAUUCAGAUGAGAGUAUCCGUCUGGAUCGUGCCAGUCGUACAGCAGUCAAACAGGAUAUCGUCGUGAUUAAGACUUUGUUGUUAAAACUAAGGAGAGCUCUAAACGAGACAGUAGAAGAGGAAUUGUUGAGGUCAGAAACUCACAACCCAUUCGAAAGUCAGCACUUGACGAAUGGGAUCUUCAAUAGUCUGUGUGCGGACAACGACGCAAGCGGAAGCGAUGAUGGUGGUCACAAUGACUCCAAACAGGUGAUGUCAGAACUAGCGGAAUUGCGGAGACAAGUACUGUUUCUUCAAGGACAACUAGAAGAUAGAGAAAAAACUGUACAAAAUCUUCAGCAACAGAUGUUGCGGCUCGCAGAAGAUAAUUACCAUGCUAAUUCGGCACCAGCUUCUACAACAUGUGAAAGUCAAACAUGUAACGCAGCUACACAAACAGAAAGGAUUCGACCAAUUUCGGCGGGUCCUUCGCUUCUUAAUGGUUCACCAGUCGAUGGUAGCGCUGGGUCCUUAGUCAGUGUGACUGAAUCCUCAUCACCACCGUCACCGAAUGCCAGAAGGUCGCGACCUCCAACAGCGACAUUAUCAACUCCUGUUGACUUGACGCCAUCGAAAAGAUCUGCUUCGAGGCUUUGGAGGCAACCAGGGGAACCUCCUUCACCUCAGCGUUACGUCCCAAAUUCUACUUCUUCUAUACCGAGGCGGGCCCAUAGUCGUACUAGAACGCCUGCUUCUACAACGUGAUAUUAUAUACUUUUGUCUUAAAUUUUUGUUGUGAGGUUUUAGAUUGAAUUUUAGACGCAUUGUAGUAGCAGUUGAAAAUGCAGUAAUUUUUUUUGUCGGGACACAAGUGUCAUUCGAUAAAAUAAACGACGAAAUUUUAGUGUCUGAAACUUGUAUCCUGUUGGGAUCAGAUUUUGGUAGAACUAUAUCAGUCGGAUCUGCAACAUAAUUAGAUUGCAAGUUUACCUAUUAUUUAUUAAAUGCAUCCCUAUAUAAAUGAUAAUAUGCUUCAGUAAUUCAGCCAAAUAAAAUUGAUAGUGUACUUUGACAUUUCUGACUUUAUAUACCAGCAAAAUCUUAAUCGGAAAUGUAAUUUAUAAAAUGUUCAGUUCAAUUCUUGAAUGUGUUAAAUGCAAUAUUAAAUGAUCCGCUUAAAUAUUUCCUGUAGUUAGUCGGAAAAUUUGGAAAAACUUGUUGAACAUGUCAGUAAAAGUGCCAAAAUGUAAUAUAUUAUUAAUUGCCAUGUAAUAACCUUGGUUUUUAGUUAUUAAACAACCUUAUCACUGUAUUUGUUGUUACCUAUACUUAACUACAUUAUGUAAAGUAUAAAUUGUGCAGUCUGUAGUAUGGGUAUUUAUUAUUGUGGCUGUGAAAAAUAAAUUUUUUUCUACUACUGCCAAUAAAAAAUAUUUUGCUAAACAUCUUCAAAAACAUUUUUACCAAAUAUGUUCAUUUAAUUUCAUAGGUCCACUAUAAUACAGUUUUCUAAUUUUUCCUCAGUCCAACAGAAAAUAAAAACAUUAUAACUCAUUAUUAAUUUGUCAUCAGUGUCGACGCUAACAACAGGUUAUAAUUUGCAAACCCUCCCUACAAAAAUUUAGUUGCUAGAUUAAAGUUAUGCUAGAAUACUUUUUGUUGGCAUGUUACAUAAUUUUGUAUGUCAUACUGAACACACUGUUUACACCAACACUGACGGAAGUUCACUUUCAGUCUCUGAAGACGAUAACUUUGUAAUCGAAACGCGCGUUAGACAGUGUAAUUGUGAGUGUUAGUGUAAACAGUGUGUUCAGUAUGAAUUUCAUUACUAUAUGUAUCAAUUGUUUGUUUGGCUUUUUUAUAAAUGUUGUCAUUUGUAUCUAUCAAGAUUUGGUAGAAAUCAAAUUUAAAAGGUUGUUUUCUUUUGAAGGAAUUGGUACUAUGACAUUCUCGGGGAAAAAUUUACAGGUUAAAAAACUUUCUUAUGAAAUAUUUUUUUUAUUCAGACAUUAUAAAUGAAAAAUAAAUAUUCUUGAAUGACAAAUCAGUUGAUGAGAUUGAUUCUCACCAUAACUGUCAUUAUAGUAUUCGACCACUUCAGCUAAUUGCACUGGAAUGUUAUCAUUAAUCAAGGGGCGCACGGAAUGAACGCGAACAUGAUGCUGGUUCGCUAGGAAACAUAACCUUAAAAGUUCAUUUAUUUGAAUAAAUUUGAACUUACUUUUACUGGAUGAAAUAUCUACAGUUAUUUUUCUAUAACAUAUUUCAAAAUGAAUGAAAUAGAUCCAGUCGAAUUUUUUAAACGUAUAUGAAUGAAUCGGGGUUUAUAUGAUCAACUUUUUAACUUAUUGAGUAGAUGGUUUACAAAACAUUUAAUAAGAAACCCUGAUUGUCAAUUAGACCAUAAAGUUAAUCAUCAGUUCUUGUCAUGGUGUUUACAAAUGAGAAAUUGAUUCCAUAUAUUAUGCUAAAUUGAAGUUUUCUUAUAUCCAGCUGACUGUUUGUUAUAUAAACAGUCAUAAACAUAUUAUAUCAAUAAGUAAUAUUUCAGGGUACCUGCAACGACAAACUACACUAGAAAAGUGAGGUUAUGUUUUUGACAAUCAACGCGUAAAAAGUUGGAUAACUUCGACGUGUCAUGAGCGCGUUCAAGUGCGAUCAUUGUGUGCGUUAUCGCAGUUUCUCUACAAGUUGAACUAUCUUUGACUUUUAAGAACGUGUAGAGCGUGUCAUGUUCGCGUUCAUUCUGUGUAUCGCUUAACCUUGCAUUGUAUUAAUGCUACACUCAAAUAAUUUGUAACCAAAAUGGGUAUAAAAACAUGGUAAAAUUGAAUUGUCCCAUAUAAUGUUCAAAUUAUUAUAAUUUACGACCAUAAUGAUCUAAACGAUCUCGAUAUGAUGCUCAAAUAGACUAUUUCAUUAAGGAAACUAUUCGUUAUUGUAAUAAUUACCUUAUAUUGAUAGUUCCGGAAAUUACUUGUAUUUGAAAUAAAAAUCAAUAGUUCCAAUACAGUACAAGAUCGUAAAUCCGGAAUUGCUGGGAAACGAUUGGUUCCGGAUUUUAGAUCAUACGAACAUUUGAAUGCAUUUAUGGUGGCGCUAUCUAUCGCGGUAACAAGAAAUCAUAUCACAUUUAAUACUGCACAAACACACUAUAAAAUAAUAAUAAAAAGUGUAAAUACUUUAUAAACAGAAGUUAAAAUAACAUCAAUAAAAGUAAUAGUGAAAAAACAAUAAAUAAAAAAAUUAUAACUGGAAAGGCAAAAAAAUUCUGAUUCUACAUGCUAUCUUUAUGUAAGAUGUCGCCUUUUAGUAUCAAAUAUAUAAGCUAAAAAUUACGAUACGAACUAAUCAGUUCGGAUUUUAGAAGUCCGGAUUUACGAUGUUCAACUGUAUACAAAACAGGGCCGAGAACAAUAUGUCUAUAAAAGCGUCAAUUACGUGAAACAUGUAACGUCAAAUAUCAUUUUUCUUUAAAUUUAUCACAUGGAAUGUUGUGUAGUGCCACAGUGCACUAACAAAACUGAAAAAUUUAAGUCGUCGUUAUGAAAUCUUUCAUUCGGGGUCGCUGAUUUCGAAUUCGACGCCAAAUUUACGGAAACUUACCCCCUUUUCUUGCACAGAGUUGCCACAUACAAAAAUUUUAAAUUUUAUGUUGUGAAUGUUCAAAAAAUAUACAUAACUUAAUUAAAUGAAAAUAAAAUACCAUUAUCUGCCAGAAUGACCACAAUUUGUAAUAAAUUUCAAGAUAAAGUAUAUUUUCAUAGUUUCUAAAUAGACUAUUGAGUUUUAUUUCUACUUUAAUGCUGGUCUAAAUGCAGUAGCAAAUAUCAUUAUGGUCUCUUCAUGUAUAAAAACGGUUUAACUAAGUUGGAAUUUCUGGAACUGUUGGUGAUAUUUAUACUGAACACACUGUUUACACCAACACUGUCUGACGUCUAUUGUAAACAGUAUUUAAUAGACUAUGGAGAAAAAAAUUACUGCAUUUUUGUUAUAAGUCACAAAUAAUUAUUCAUGGGAAAAUGGAUUAGUUCAUUUUGAACAAUAAUUUACAUUAACAUCACAUUCCAAUUAAGUUGGAAUUUUUGGAACCGUUGGUGAUAUUCAUACUGAGCACACUGUUUACACUAACACUCGCAAUUACACUGUCUGAGGCGCGUUUCGAUAACUAAUUUUUAUUCUUCUUUUCUGAAGAUGAUAACUUGGUUAUCGAAACGCGCCUCAGUCAGUCUAAUUUUGAAUGUUGGUGUAGUGGUAGUGUAAACAGUGUGUUUAUUAUCACAUUCCAAUAGUUAGUUUCAUUUUUAUAAUAUAUUAUUUUAUUACAAAUAAAAUCUAAUUAAAAUAAAGAUUUUUCAAAUUGUUUUCAAUUUACAAUAUUAUUUUUAUUCCCAUGAGUAUAUAUUAACAUUCCUAAAUAUUUUUAUAGCAAAUGUAAAAGAUAUAUACAUGAAUACUUUUGACUGUGAUUUAUUUUUUUUAAUGUAAUUAUUAUUCCCCUGUAUAUCAAAACUCAAAAAUAUUUGUGUAACCUAUAAAAUUUAAGCCAUAAAUAUUCUUUUUAGAAGGAAAAGAAGUAUCAAUUUCAAAAUUUCGAAAAAAUCAUAAUAUUGUUUGAAAAAUGUAUUCUUCAUGUGUAAAUUCAACUGAAACGUACAAUGUUCAUUUAAAAUAUUUUGUUAAUAUUUAUUUAAUUGUGCAAUAUGUUAUUGUUGCUCUUAACGAGUAUUACUAGCAGUAAUUAGAUCGUAUUUAUUAUUUAUUGAAUGAAAAUAUAGACAAGUCUUACAUUC